AAACCAAUUUCAUCACAAUUUCCUUCUACCAAUCAAACACACAGAUUAACAUAAAACCUUUCAUAUUUUCUUUCCUCAACUCUUACGAAUCGUUCCAUCUUCUUCUUUUAAAACAACAAUUACCGUUUUCUAUUUUUCAAACAUUCUUAUUUAAUUUCAAUUUCUAACCGCUGUUGAAUUUCUAGAAUAUUCUUCUUCUUCCUUUCUCUGCCAAUGGAUGUUCACGUCAAACAAGAAGAAACCUUCGACAUUCCAAAGAAACUCCGAAGAAACACCUGUCCUCCUCCUCCUGACUCGGUUAUCGAACUCAGUAGCAGUAGUAGUAGCAGCGAUUCCGAUUCCGACGGUGAUUUAGAAUCGGUUGUUGCUAGUGUUGUUAACACGAUUGAAAGUCCUUCCAAGAAAAGAAAGGUUAAUGAUAAAGGAGCGGUUCUACCGGCUGGAUUUCUAAGUCCGUUACCUCCACCGGCGCCGUCGAACAAUGCUGUUCUGUCUUUACCGGCACCGGACUGUGGUUCUUCGGCUAACCGGAGUAAUAGGAGUGUUGGCUUUGCACUUAAGGGUUGUAAGCAGUUCUGGAAAGCAGGAGACUAUGAUGGUACUCCUAGCGGUGGCUUUGAAUCUUCAACUGUUGGUAUGGAUCAUGUCAGGGUUCACCCCAAGUUUCUACACUCUAAUGCCACAAGUCAUAAGUGGGCUCUUGGAGCUUUUGCUGAGCUUUUGGACAAUGCAUUGGAUGAGGUUUGUAAUGGUGCCACAUAUGUAAAUGUAGAUAUGGUUGUGAGUAAGAAAGAUAACUCCAAGAUGUUGCUAAUAGAAGAUAACGGCGGUGGGAUGAAUCCUGAUAAAAUCCGUCAAUGCAUGUCGCUGGGAUAUUCCGAGAAAAGCAAGCUGGCAAAUACAAUCGGACAAUAUGGAAAUGGAUUUAAAACAAGUACCAUGAGGCUUGGGGCUGAUGUAAUUGUGUUCUCCCAAUGUAAAGGAAAAGAAGGGAAGAGGUCUACACAGAGCAUAGGGUUGCUGUCUUAUACAUUUUUGAAGAAUACAGGGAAGGAAGACAUUGUAGUGCCCAUGCUGGACUACGAAAGAGAUGGACAGGAAUGGAAAAGAAUUUUACGAACUUCUCAGGAUGAUUGGGAUAAUAAUGUUGAGACGAUUGUUCAGUGGUCACCAUUUUCUGAUGAGGCCGACUUGCGUCGUCAGUUCAACCUGCUGAAAGAUCAAGGUACACGGGUAAUUAUAUACAAUCUCUGGGAGGAUGACCAAGGUCAGCUGGAACUCAAUUUUGAUGACGAUCCACAUGAUGUUCAAAUAAGAGGUGUACAUCGAGAUGAGAAAAACAUUCAGAUGGCUAAAAGUUAUCCCAACUCUACACACUACUUAACUUAUCGACAUUCGCUGAGGAGUUAUGCUUCAAUUUUAUAUCUAAGGUUUCCUCGAGGCUUCCGAAUUGUUCUUCGUGGGAAAGAUGUUUUGCAUCACAAUAUAGUCAAUGAUAUGAUGAUGGCUCAGGAGGUCACAUACAGGCCUCAAUCUGGAGUUGCUGAUGGGAUUUUAAAGGAUUCAAAUAUGGUUGCUACUGUUACUAUUGGCUUUGUCAAGGAUGCAAAACAUCAUAUUAAUGUUUCAGGGUUCAAUGUUUAUCAUAAGAAUCGACUCAUCAAGCCAUUCUGGAGGAUCUGGAAUCCAGCAGGAAGUGGUGGGCGUGGGGUCAUAGGCGUAUUGGAAGCCAACUUUGUUGAACCUGCUCAUGACAAGCAAGGCUUUGAACGUACAUUAGUUUUAUCAAGACUGGAGCAACGGCUGAUACAAAUGCAGAAAACUUAUUGGGGAGCUAAUUGCCAUAAAAUUGGCUAUACUUCAAAUCGAAAACAAAACGGUAGUUCUGCUGAUAAAGAGACAUCACCCGACACUGUUCAAGAAUCAUCUCGACCUAAAAGGAAAAUUUCGGCCACAAAUGGAAAGACAACACCAGUUGAAACAGAACUGUAUUCACACUCGAAACGGAAACAUAUACGAACAGAAUCCAAAAGAGAUAGUGAACACAGAAAUGGUCGCUCGUCAGUUUCCCCUGAGAGUAGGAAUCAAAGUUCAUCGGAAGAAUCAUCAUAUGCUGCUGGCGACAGUGAUCAAAAUGAUAAUGCCUCAUCAAAGAACCAAGCAAAGGGUCUACACAAGGAUCAAACACCAAGGGGAAACACCAUGCGGCCUACACAAAGAUCUAACCAAAAGGGAAAAGAUGUUAAUGAUCACGAGCAACCACAGUAUGAUUUAUCAUCUCUAGAACAGUUGAGAAAAGAGAAUCGUGAGUUGAAGGAGAGAUUAGAGAAGAGAGAGGAAGAAAUAUUAUCACAAGCUUUACAAGAGGAGAAAGAUAAAUGCAAAUCUCUUGAAGCUCGGCUCCGUGAUGCCGAAAAAACGAUUGAAGACUUGAAUAGGGAACAAGAAGCUAUUAUUGAUGUGUUCUCUGGAGAGAGGGAUAGACGUAAUGUUGAAGAAAGAAAUUUGAGAAAUAAGCUUCAGGAAGCGUCAGAUACCAUCCAAGAGCUGCUUGACAAGGUUCGAUCACUCGAAAAGAAGUCUUCAAGUCAAGCUACAAAGUAGAACGAUGAAAGCUUCAUUAACUGCAUUAAUUUGGCUACUUAGUGGUGCAUCUAUGAUGGCAUUGGGAGACUAAUUAUUUUUGGUGGGCUGGUUUAAUUUCCCACGCAGAGUUCCUCACUAGAGAGAUUAGGAUGAGACCAUUUAGAUUAAUAUUGUAUAUAAUUUCUGCCUGGAUUUUUAAUUACUGACUAAAUUUUCUGGCCCAGUAGAUAAGAUUGGAUUGUUGGCUAA